AUAUCGAACGCAGAAGUGUUCUUCGAUUGCUUUGGAGGGGAGAGAGAGAGAGAGAGAGCACUAGAGCCCUUAAUUCUUCUCUAUCUCUUAAAGUUGUGAAGAAAAUUUUGAUUUUUCUUUUAGUUUCAGAUCUUUUUCUGUCUAGAAAUGGCAGCAAAUGCAGUUAGAGCGUCUGAAUCUCUCGACGAUUCACACGAAGGCGUUCCUCGCCGGAAAUCCUACUAGCGUAGGAGAACGAUCUUUGAUUUGCGUUCACAUGACCCAGAAGGACUAGAUCCUAUGCGAAGAUAUACUGCUUGAUGUUCAUCAGUCUACUUGAACCAGUAAGCUGAAAAAAACAACUUUUUUUUGGGGGGUUAGUACAGUUCCAGUGAAGUUAUUCCUGCUUAGAAUCUGUUGAAGUUUUUUAACUGUAAGCUGUGGAUGUCGACAUGUCGUCUGAUAUAGAAUAGCUUUAGCAUUCAUAUCUGUUUGUGGGUUGCUUUUGAAGCUUCAUUUGUUCAAACCAUCUGAUUUUUUAAGACUGACUGGAGGGAUUCUGAGUGGAGGAUCGAAGACUCUGCAGUGAUUCUAAAAUUUAUGGCUAAAUGCUCGGACACACUGAACUGUUCAGAUGCUUUCUUCAUUGAUCUGGCUAGUUUAAUUUGAUAGUGAUUUGUGAAUUAUUGGAGCUUCGAGGAUUAUAGAAGAGAUUUGAGCCUUGGGCCUUGAGAUUCUUGUUAUCUGAGGGUGGGAGAUGGACCACUUGCUUCUCCCUACUGUUGGACCGCCAAUAAAACGACGAGCGGGUUUACGAAGGAAACAGGCGGGAAGAGGUUCUUACCGAGGCAGCUAGGCCUUUGCAUUUGAGAAACUUAGGGUUCUCUGUGUUCUGACCCUGAGAGAGUUCUUGGGGAGUUAUAAUUUGACUGGUGUGGAGAUAUGGGUACUCACUUGCGGGAAACUCUCAGAAGCCUCUGUUCCAAGACACAGUGGAAAUACGCCAUCUUUUGGAGGCUUAAACAUCGAGAUCGCAAGAUUUUGAUUUGGGAGGACAGUUACUGCAAUAACCAUGAAUUACCUAACCAUUCAGAGAAUACAUGUUAUAUUGCCCUUGCGGACUUGCAUCAUGGGAGGUAUCAAGAAGACCUUCUGGGAUUGGCCCUGGAAAAGAUAACUUAUGCUGUAUAUCCACUUGGUGAAGGGAUUAUUGGCAAAGUGGCAGCUUCUGGAACACAUCAGUGGACUUUCACAGACAGGCCUGUAUCUGGUUCAUGUUCAUCAUCUGAAUACUUUGAUGGGUGGCAAGCUCAGUUUUCAGCAGGGAUUAGGACCAUUGCUGUUGUUGCUGUAACUCCUCUUGGAGUUGUACAACUUGGCUCUUUAGACACGGUUUUUGAGGAUUUGAACUUGAUUACUCAUAUCAAAGAUAUCUUUUGUUCACUGCAAAGUUCCUCUAUAGAUUUCUUCCCAAUUCAAUGCAAUAUACUACUUCUCUACCAGUCAGAAAUACCAACCGAAAGUUCAGAUGAAGAGGUCAUAAAUGGUUGCCUUGGCAUUCUAGAAGAAGGUGUCUCUGAUCACUAUCCAAAGGAAGCUGUUGAAGUGGUUGAUAAACAGAAUACAAGCUUAAAUAAUGUUAUGCUGGAGUCUGGAGUACAUAUCCCUUCCCGGCCUGCAGAUUCCCAUGUUUCUAUGGCUUUGGAGGAAGUUAGGUGUGAUAGUAUGAUUUAUCUUCAAAAUGAGGGACUCCAUGCUCCUGAACCAUUUGAAAUGCAGCUAGGGGGGGAAAGUUUGGAGCAGAAGUUGAAGUUGCAGACUGAAAAAAAACAUGUGGAUGCUAUGAAUACUUUGUUAAGGUUCUCUGGUGGAUGUGAGGUACAGGAAGCCCUUAGUCCAGCUUAUGUUACGCAACAGAAUCACUCAGGAACUGAGGGUGAGGCAGUAUCUAUUGAGCCCACAAAGGGGAUGGGCACUAGUCAGUUUACAUCAGAGUGUAGGUCAGAUAAUCUUCUAGAAACAGUGACAGCUAAUGCUUGCAUUGGUUAUAACACUGUUAAAAGUGAGUCUUCAUUCUGUAAAUCAUCGCAGUCAGUUGUGACAACUGAAAAAAGCCCGCAGGUGCCCAUACAUGCUAAGCAUGCUUGCAUUUCUGCACAGGGACCGAAUGGUGAGUCCUCUGUUGUAGAGGACGCAAAUUACCAGUUAACUUCUACUUGGCAUUUAGCAGAAGCACAUAAAAGAUCUCGAAAGGAAUUAUCCUCGAAAACUCCUAGCACAUGUAGUAAGCAGUCAAGCAAGCGGGUGGAACCAGCUAAAGUCAGCAAAAAGAGGCCUAGGCCUGAUGAAACUUGUAGGUCUAGAUCUAGGGACAGACAACUGAUCCAAGAUCGUAUUAAGGAGCUCAGAGAUCUUGUACCUAAUGGGUUGAAGUUUGCUACUGGGGCACACAAUCAAGCACAUGCUUUUUCUACGAGUGUCACUGAGCAUGCUGAAAAGCUAAGGAAGUGUGCUGAAUCAUCGGUGCAUGAUAAGGGAAUUGAUUUACUAGGAUCUUACAGACAUGAACAUGGUUCAAGCUGGGCUUUGGAGCUGGGAAGUCCACUUCGUCCUAUUGUGGUGAAGAACCUCAACAUGAGUGGGCAGAUGCUUGUGGAGAUGUUGUGCGAGGAAUGCAGCCUUUUUUUUGAUAUAGCAGAUGCCCUCAUAGGUCUGGGUCUAAUAAUCUUAAAAGGUGCGACUGAAAUUCGUGAUGAAAAGAUGUGGGCAUGCUUUGUUGUUGAGGGUGAGAAAGGCCUUCAUAGGAUGGAUAUCUUGUGGUCGCUUAUGCUAUUGUUGAAAAAAAAAAUGUACGGAUUUGUGCCUUUUGUCCCGUGUGUGUGA